AUGAAUCGAGGUACUCGUGAUGUGCAGGUGGAUGCUCAUCCACGAGUGGUGAGCAAAUAUGUGGCGUGCCGACCAAACUCUCGCCAUAAAACGACCGACAUUGAAAAGGGCGACUUGUUCGAUGAGGUUGAAGAAAGGCUCAAGCUUUGUCAAGGCGAACUAAAUACAACCCGUCGACAGGUUGAAGUACUGCAGCAAAAGCUUGUCGACACGGUAGAGCAGCGAUUGGUGCGCGCAAAAUUCAGUCCCAUCAAAAUUCUGUCUCCAGUCAAAGAGCUUAGCAUUUCAACAAUUGGAAGCGAUGAAAGAGACGAAUCGCUGACUGCUGAUUUCAAGGAGCAGUUGGAAGAGCUAAAAAAACAAAACGAAGAUUUGGCAGCCCGCCUUCAAGAAAGUGAAUUCGGAAGGCAAAACCUGAUAAGCAGUCAGCAGCAACAAAUCGCUCACCUUGUUUCCGAAUUUGAUGUCGUUCGAAAAGAAUUAGAUCAGGCAUCAGCUUUUAUUAAAACAGCAAGCACACACUAG